AAGCGAUCAGUAGGGAUCAGCUUCGUGGCAGAGAACACUCUUCAGCCAUGGCUUGCAGAAGCUCCAAUCUACUUCUAAACCCUUUCUCUCGCCGGAGCUCGCGGCCUGUAACCACCGUCUCUGCCUAUAAGGUACAAUGUCCUAAAGCCGCGCCUCCGACGAUCCAAUUUGACGGUCAGAGCCGGAGACAGCUGUUGUUUCUCAUGACAGCAACAACGGCGGUGAAAGCAUUGGAGAUGCCUUCUAUGGCGGAGGACAUAGGAUUGUUUGGAUUAAGGAAGAAGCUGAAGAAGGCAGAGGAGGAAGCGGAGGAGAUCGUGAAGGAAGGGAUCGAAUCGGCCGAGAAAGGAUUGGAAGCGGCGGAGAGAGGGAUUGAGACGGCGGAGAAGGAUAUUGCGACGGAUGUUAGUUUUGGAAUUGGAGGUGGUUUGACGCAAGCUGGAGUGGUGGUAGGUGCGGAGGUGGUUGGGGUUUUGAUUGCUACGUCGGUCGUUAACGGAAUAUUAGGACCUGAAGGUUAAGAAGAUUCUGAUCACAGGUAAAUAAUCAAAUCGUUGAUUUCUGAUUGUUGUUCUUCAAUUUCUGAUUGACGUAAUCAGAUCUUCAAAUUGCAAUAUACAUCAAUCGAUCUUAUUCGCAUCUUGAACUUUUGGUUGAUGCUAAUCAGUACACCAAAUAGCAUUUGUUUUCCUUUUUCUUCGAAUUCCGAACUUGAGUAAAUCCAUUAUUACG